AUGGACGGAUUAGAGUCGAUCGACGGGGGCCGGAAAUGGUACUCUUGCCCGGAGCCCAUGGUGCUGGGCGAAGCUCCGAUUUUCAGAGCCAGCGAUUCGACUUUGCACUGGGUUGACUGUCUCUCGGACCCUUCGCGGCUCUAUGUUCUGAAGGUCGAUGAGCAUGGCGACGCGAUCGGGGAGGCACGGGUGCUUGAACUGGAAGACAGCGUCACCGUCGUCUUCUUCCGAAAAGGUCGACCGGGAUAUAUCGCGGCCUACUAUCAAGGAAUCUGUUUCAUCGAUGAGCAGACUGGUAAGAUGGAGGUAGUCGAGGAAAUUAUUCCAACACAUCAGCGGGAGGAACUGCGUUUCAACGACGGAGGGAUCGACGCCCAGGGUCGCUUUUGGUUGGCCGAGAUCGACAAAAAAGCCAUGGCCUUUGGUCCCAAUCAGUUACCCAGUAGCUAUGGAGUGCCGAAAGGUCGGCUGUGGAGAUAUGACCUGCGUGCUGGUCUCAGAUUGAUGAUUGCUGAUGGUAUAAUUUGUGGAAAUGGACUGGGCUGGAGUCCAGACAAUAAGACUAUGUACUUUCAUGACUCAGUGGCCAUGGUUGUUUGGGCCUAUGAUUUCGAUCUGGAGCACGGAAAUAUCUCCAAUAAACGUUUGUUGAUUGAUCGCCGCACUUCCUUUGGGGAGCCGGAUGGCAUGGUUGUGGAUACAAAGGGAAAUCUCUGGAUUGCCAUGUUCGAUUCAAAUCGAGUGAUGGUAUUCACACCGGAUGGUCGGCACUUGAAGGACAUUGUAUUCUCCGCUAGGAACCCAGCGUGCACGACAUGGGGAGGUAAAGACUUUAACAUCAUUUAUGUAGCAACCGGGAAAGACCGGCGCGCAAAUCCCGCCCCAGGAGAUGAAGGGGGUCACCUCUUUCGAUAUAAGCCAACCGAUGCUCGUGGGCAGCCAAAGCAUGAAUUUGAUGGCUAA